GGGCCGUGCGCCAGUCACGAACAACGUCGGCAAUCGUCGACGUCGCACAGUCGCCGUCGCCGCCGCUUCACGCUCGUACGUAAUCGCGAACGGGUUGAGAUAGAAUUUUUCUUGUAUCACGUCUUAUCGCGGCGUUCGACCCGCGAUAAAUACCAGAGCGAUAACGCGCGUGCGCGCGCCCGCCCGCCCGCUGCCCCAUCAGACGGCCGCGAUGUAUCGCGUCUGAGGGGCCCCGUCCGGACGACAGCCGUGCAUGCGACGUCCGUCUGCACGACGACGGGCUCGCCGAGUUCUACCACGGCCGCGUGUGCUGUUCACCGGACCGCAGACGCCGCCUCCGCCUCCGCCGCCGCCGCCGAAGAGGACGACGACGACGACGGGCGGAAAGCGCGACCACCACAAUGCCGCCUCCCCCACGGACGAUUUCGUGACGACGGCAAACAGAUUUCUGAACUGUUUUUGGGAGUAUGGAAGAACAGGAAACUAUGAACAAAACAUUGCCACUUGCUAAGAAGCAGAAAAUUAAUGACAGUGAAUAUCGUUUGGUAGAUUUAAACGUAGAUACAAUUAGUUUAAACUUGACAAAGCAUUGUCUGUGUCAAUUGCCUGAAACAUGUAUGCUAAAAGAAGUUUUUAGGGUUUCAAAUGUUAGUAGUUGGAGUAAAGAACGACUUUUAAAUUUCUUGAGUUCAGCUCGGUUGACUUGUGACAUUGCCCUCAAACAACAGUCAGAGGGCACUAUAUGUACUAGCGUUGAGCGGUUAAGUAAUUACUUAAUUUCUAAUAAAACUGGUAUAGUAAACGAAGUUGUAUCUUUACUUACACGAACAGAUCCUUACAUAUCAUACGCAGCUAGUAAUGCUUUAGCGGAAAUAUUUGUGUGUUCGCAAAAUAAAAUAGACAAUGUAUGGGUGGAAGAGUUAACAGAUUUAUUUCUUCGUCGAUCUCCUGAAACUUUAUGUCCUGUUAUAUCAGUUUUUAAACGUGUAUUGUGUUGGAGAGAUUCACAAAUGAAUGAUAAUGAAAAAAAUAUCAAGAUGCCUGAAAAUUGUGUUAGCAGAAAAGUUAUUUUUGAAGAUGAUGAAAUUGAGAUGGACGACGAAUUUGGAAUAAGCUUAGUUAAAACUAAAGUCAUCGAAGUUUUACAAACCCAAUGGCAAUUGAUUGUAUUGAAAUUUAUUAGGUACAUGUCAUCAUUUGACCACUGUACAGAUCUUAAUACUGAACAAUUCACUCAUAAAAUGGGUCAUCUUGCCAUUAUAGAAUUUAUAAAGUUAUGGACCUCUAUGGUUUCUAUUAAAACUAAUCUGAACGUUAUGAACAUUAAAUAUUUCUAUGCAGAUUUGGGACAAAUGCUUAUUCUUUUAAGGCGGCCAAAAGUCCAACCAGUAGUUUGGAAGAAUAUUAUUAACCUUUUCAAUGAAAGUUUGUGUUACACCACAACAUUGGCUGUACAAGGUACUAUGCAAGAAGAACCUUGUAUGUUGGCUAGAGAAUUAGUCAAGGUUGUGAAAACUAAAAAUAUGUUGAAUAACAUGCCAUUCCGAAAAGGUCCCGGAGAAUUUGGAGGAGGAGAAGAAGAUGAAGGCGAUAAAAAAUUGUUACAAGACACAGUUUUGUUAAUUUUAAAAGCAGUUGCUACAAUCAUCAAGGAAACAAAAAAUGAAUCUUCAUCCAGUGAUUCUUCGUCUGAUGAAUCGGAAGACUCUGAAGAAAUAGAUGCAGAAAUGGCAAUAAUUGAAAGUAGUGUCAAUGAAGUUUUACGGAAGCUUGACGCAUGUGUUAAAAAGUGUAUGUCUUAUCUACCGGAAACCCAAAUUGCACAGUGGAUUGUACAGUUAUUUUCUGAUCGCAACGACGUACUCAUUGAGAGUAUGAUUUGUACUAUUGAUAUUUCACUGGUAUUGUGUUAUCGUCGUAACUCUUUACCGAUGUUGCGUCAAGUACUAAAUCCCACUGCUAGUUUAGUUGAAUUUCUACAAACUUUAUCUUAUAAUAAUGAUUUAAAUGAAUUGAUUUUAGAUUUAUUGUUGGGUAGUGACACUAGUUUUCUGUUGUACAUAAUGCGAAUAUUGAAAUUCAUAUGCAAUAGGUGGUCAGAGUUUUGUCUUUGUUGUGAUACAAAGUUGCAAAGCACAAUGGCUACAUUAAUGGGCUUACAAACAAGUCUUGACCAACUCAUUAAAAAUAAUUUAACUCCUUACAAUCUUAAUCCAGUAUUAAGGUUAUUAGUUAAAUGUAAUAACUUGUAUUCAGGUAUAGCUGUAAUAAACAUUUGAAUGAUUUAUGUUAGUCCAGUGGCUGCUUGAAGGAAGUAUAUUUGAAUCACGUGGCUUAAAAAAAUAUUAAUGGAAGGGGUCCUAUAUGGUUGGAAAAGGUAGUUUGACUUAUGAAUAAAGGUUAUAUAACUACUAGCAACCUAUGAAUUCUCUAUUUAUAGAGCAAUGAAAAAAUGUUUAGGGUGGGUGGUGUAAAAAUAUUAAAUGGGAGUCAAGGAAAUAAAGUUCAUGCUGCCACUGAAGGUUACUAAUUUUAAUUUAAAAACAUAUUUUUGAUAUCUAAGAAACCAUAUUUUUAUUCAUUAGAAAUUUUAUUUACCUAAUUCAAAGUUUCAUAUACCAAAUUUUAAAUUAGAUUAAGGACCUGUAAAGUAAAAUAUACGUGUACAGAAUUGAUUUGCCCAAUUUUGAUGUAAAGAAUUGUAUGAAAUAAAACUAAGCUGUGACCUUUAUAACACCUAUAAAAAUACAAUAUUGGUAAGCUGUUUGUUACUAAUUUUGUAUUUAUACAUAUUUAAAGUUCAUAAAAAGCAUAUAUUUUAGAUUUAAACAAGUGUAUUUAAUUUUAAAAUUGUAAAAUUAAAUGUAAUUAAAUUAUUGUUACUAAACUUGUUAUAUAGUUUAAUGUAAGUAGAUAAUUUUGUCAAGACAAUUAUUGGUUUUUGUUUGUUUUAUUUUAUAGAAUACAAUUGCUAAAUAUAUCUGUAUAGUUAAUCACAGCUGUGAAUUAAAACAUUAAUAUUUAGAUACAUGUUAGGUCUUCCGAUUUAAUGUGGUAUUUAAAUUAUUUAUUUUAUAUAGUAAAACGUAUGUUAUAAUAAACAUAAAGACUGAUACAUAUGAGCUAUUUUUAUUUAAAUUAAGUUAUAAUAAUAGGAAUGAAUAUUUUAGCCAAGUUGCCAUUGAAGAGAACUUUAUUACAUAGUUUAUUUAUAUAAUUUUUUAGUUAAAUCUACUAAUUUCAUAUUAUCUUAUAAAUUGUAGUUUUUCCUUGUUUUAUUCUUUGUUUUUAUUAUUUUACUAGUUACUUAUUAAAUCUAAUACAAUGCUACCUAUGGUUACAGUGAUAAAUUUAGGUUUUAAUUUUGAAUUGUACUUAUUAAUGUUAUGUAAAAUGUUUUAGUUUUGAAGUUUUAUUAAUUAACUUGAGAAUUAUCUGUUUAUAAAUCUUCUUUUAAAAUCUGUUUUAAACUAUUAUUCUAUUAUUUUUCUUUUCUUUUCUUUUUUUCUUUGUGUCCUUAUAGCAAUUACCUAUCAAAUACCAAUAUUUAUUUUUUAUAUAUAUUAUUUAUGUGUGUAUGUAUUAUGUUUAAUUAGCUAUAGAGUUUGUAUAUUAUACCAAUAUGUGAUAGUCGAUGUGUCCACCAUUUAUGAUAUGAUGACCCAAAGACAACAAACCAAAUAAAAUUAUUAGUUGUUACUGAAAUUUUUGCGAUAAAUUAUACUAAGAAUUAAUUUAUAUAAAAUAAUAUAGAUUAUAAAUUGAUAAAUAUAUGAGGCAAAACAAUAUUUUAUUUGUAUAAGUUUACAAAUCAUACCUUUUAUUUUAAUACUUAGGAUAUAGUUUAUUUAUAAUUGGCACCACUAAUAAAUUUCUAUGUUGUUAGCCCUUAGUUACUUAUUAUCGUUACCAUGCAUCAAUUUAUACCUAAGAGAAAUACAUUUUUGUUUUCAAUAUGAACCAUAUGUACUUAAAAACUUACUUCAUCAUUUAAGAUUUAAGUGUAAACCCAUAUAACUAAAUCAACAAAAUAAUACAAAACUAGAUAAGUGAUAUUAUCUAUAACCAGCUAUGCAGUGGCGUGGCCAGGAGGGUUCUGAGUGUUUAAUCCCCCUUUAACAUUUCCUCCCCCCUAAUAAAUGUAUAAUUUAUAUAUAUGAAAACUAUAGAAACUUGGUUUAAUUUAUACUUAACUCCCCCCUCCCCCAUUUCAAAAUCCUGCCUAUGCCUCUGUAGUUAUGCACAGACUUUUCAUAAUCAUUAUUGUUUUUUCCUUUUUUGUGUCAUAGCCCCCUUGACAAAACGCUCCAAGUGCGGGCAUCUGUGAUGCACAGUUUGAUAUCUCUGAUGGCUCUGAUCUACAAUAUUACUAUUUAAGAUCAGCAUCCAUUGUUCAAUACUUCAAUAGGUAAUAAUUGGUUAGUAAUUUUUAAUAUAAAAUACUAUUUUAUAGGUAGAAUAAAUUAAUAUUCACAUAUUGGUAUAAUGCUGAGGUUUUUAGUUUGAGUGUACUGCAUAUUAUGUAUGUAUUUCUCAUAAAAAUAUUCUCGACUUAAUAAAAAAUGUAUUUCUAUUAGUUUAUUUAAUUGUUAAUUUAUUUAUGUAUUAUUUUGUAAAUCUAUUCAUUACUUUUUAUUGAAUAUGACCUUUACUUAAAUAAAUAAUUUUAGAUGCCUAUUAAAAUGUAAAAUUGAAAUGUAUUAUGUAAUAUUAAUGUUUUAUUGAAUCACACUUUAUAUAAUCAAAUAAGGUACCUAAUAAAUAGUGAAUUAUGUGUAAUUGGAAUCAAAAUGUCAAAUAAAUAUUUUUUUUAUAAAUU